AUGGGUGGGGAUGCAAAUCAGGCAGGAUUCUUCUUAAAGCAUAUUCCAAGAAAAAUCAACUCCUUGAGGAAGAAAGCAAAAUAUGUUGUUGAAACAUGGGACAGGCAGUUUCAUUGUUCUCCUCAAGAACAGCGGCUGUCUUUUCUAUACCUUGCAAAUGAUAUUUUACAGAAUAGUAGGCGAAAGGGUUCUGAGUUUGUCAAUGAAUUUUGGAAGGUUCUUCCAGAUGCCCUCAGUGAUGUAAUUGAAAAUGGGGAUGAGCUUGUUAGAAAUGCUGCUUUUAGACUGAUUGACAUAUGGGAAGAGAGAAAAGUUUUUGGUUCUCGUGGGCAAGUCCUCAAGGAAGAGCUUGUAGGAAGGAACUUGGGAAACAGCAAUAGAAGUGGAAAACAUUCAGCCUUCAAACUAAAACCAUCUGUUGGAGAUACACUGGAAAAAAUUAUUUCAAGUUAUGAGGUUCUUUAUGAUGGUUCUGUGGAUGAAGAUGCUGUAUGGAGCAAAUGCAGAACUGCUAUUAACAGUCUUGAGAAAGUAGAGAAAGAAGUUGGUGGCAGUUUUAGCUCAGGACAACUGAAUGGUUCUGAAUUUUUGGAAGAAUUGCAAGGGCAGCAUGAUAUUCUGAGAGAAUGUAUUGAACAACUGAGAGUGGUUGAAUCAUCAAGAACAAAUCUUGUGUCUCAUUUAAGGGAGGUUCUUCAGGAGCAGGAAUUGAAGCUGGAUCAAGUGCGUAAUCAACUUAAGGUUGCUCGGUCUCAGUCAGAACAUGCUGGCAACAUCUGCCAACAGUUGCUUAACUGCAACAGCAAGAAGUUGCUAGUGGAGCAAAAGUUGAACGAAGUGAACACCUCUGAGGGACCUCCCAGUUUCACUCCAGAUAAUGCGAUUGUUGGUGGGAACAAAGAACAAUCAGCUCCAGUCAUGUAUACACAACAGGGAUCUUUUCCUGACAAGUCCGUCAACAUCCAUGAAGAGUCGCGGAAAUCUGCAGCAGCUGCUGUGGCAGCAAAGCUUGCAGCUUCAACUUCCUCAGCCCAGAUGCUCACUUUUGUACUUUCCUCUCUGGCAUCAGAGGGUGUAAUUAGCGGCUCGUUAAGUGAAUCUCUCAGUGAUUAUCCUCCAGACAAGAAGCCUAAAGUUGACAAUGGUCAAUCUUUUGUAGCUCCUCAACCACAGCUGCCAUGUUUUCCACAUCCUGAAUCACAACUACAAAACCAGGUUGCAACCACCUCACAAUUGACACCAAAUCAACAGCUGCCCACAUCAUCUUCACCAAUCUCACAUUCAGGUAUAACCAUGCAGCAACCACUGCCACCACCACUACCACCCCUGCCGCCUCCAACUGCUCAGUUCAUACAGACAGCUGGACCAAUGAUGAGUGUACCUUACAGCUAUGGUACAGCCUUACAACAACCCCCACCUUUGCCUGGUUAUCCAAUGGUUGGGGCCCCUGUUACAAGUGUACCUUCCUAUCCUUCUCAUCAGAAUCCUUAUCAAAGUUUUCAAACAUCAGAAGGUGGGUUUUAUAGCCAGCCACCAUUGCAGUCAACACCACCUCCCAUUUCGCGACAGUAGAUGCCCAGACCUCAAGGGGUAACAAUAGGAAGAAAGUUUUGUUGGGUGACCUGUAUUUUACACUGAUCUUUUGACCAAAGGAACAUUUUCUCCCAGCACUUGAUGAACGGGGAGUUCUUAUAACGCAUACAUGUUUGUAUAUUAAACUCCACAGUCCACAACCACUUUGGGUUUUAUAAUCUUUAUAUCCGUGUAGAUGUGAGUUUAGUAGUUGAGGGGUGAUGUGUAUUGUUUCUGCUGACACAGCAGUUGUUUUUGUUUAAGAAAACAAAACCACUCGCAUUGUCGAACACCCGCCAAGUGAUUCUGCAGGAAUGCUCUUCUUUUCAA